AUGGCAGACACCAACAAAAAACAAUACAUCUAUCUCCCCGAAACAACUCCCCACCUCGCCACAAUCCUCAGCUUCCCAUCCCGAGCCUCCACCUUCCCAGCCCUCUACAACCAGACCUGCACAGAGAUAAUCGACCUCGCAGCGACAAUCGCCCACUUCGAGCCCGUACGCCUCCACGUCCGUCCAGAAGACCAAGACCGAGCACAAGAACUUCUGACCAAACGCCUAUCCAACACAACCACACCCACAGAACUCGAACAAUCCCGCAUCACCCUCAUUCCAGCUCCAACAAACCACAUCUGGGUCCGCGAUACAGGCCCCAUGUACGUCCGCAGCGCCGAAGACCCAACCGAGCGCCACGCAAUCGACUUCCAAUUCUGCGAAUGGGGCAACAGCACCGGCGAAUUACUCUACAACCCAAACGCCGAACGACGAAGGGAAAACGCCGCCUUCGCAACGCGCGUCCUGGAACUCGAGGGCGCGGGUGUGCCGCGGGUUAUUUCGAAAGUCCGUCUUGAAGGCGGCGGGAUCGAAAUGGAUGGGGAAGGAACCUUUAUGGCGAUGGAGAGUAGUGUGACAGUGUCCUCGCGGAACGCGGGGCUCUCAAGGUCCGAGAUCGAGACCGAAUUGAGCAGAUUGCUCGGCGUGAGCACGUUCAUUUGGAUUCCUGGUCGGGAGGGGCUAGAUAUUACGGAUUAUCAUAUCGAUGCCGAGGCGCGGUUUAUUCGGGGUGGGGUUGUUGUUGUGGGCAAACCGCAUCAGAAGUGUAAAAAGGUGUUUUGGGACGUUUAUCAUGAGAUGCGCGCUAUCUUGGACGAGGCGGUUGAUGCGUGCGGGCGGAAGCUUGAGGUUAUUGAUAUUCAGGAGCCUGAUCCGACGCUCGUCCAGGGCGAUGUGCCCGGGGAGGAGACGGAUGUUGCGGCUUCGUAUGUGAAUUUCUACUUCACGAAUGGGGGGGUUGGUGGUUCCUGCGUUUGGGGAUGUGGAGAUGGAUCGGCGGGCUUUGGAGACGCUGCAAGGCUUGGUUCCUGA